AUGAACUUUUAUUAUUCAACAUCUACGACGCACCGUCCACAAACUAAAUCUUCACAUUUCAACGAAGACGCACACUGUGAUAACGAGGUCAAUUUGAUCUUAGAAAAAAAUUACACUCAACAUUUAAUUGAGCAAUCAAUUUUCAAAGAACAACAAUCAAGUGUCAUCGUAAAUCAAACAGAUCAAUACUAUUUUAUGCCAAUUCGAGAGUUAAAUUCAACCAUGGCUUUACCUUCAAAUACUAAUUCUAACGUACUUGAUAGUUCAUCCAUAUUAUUAACUGAUCUUAAUAAUCCGUCCACACAAAAUCUAUUUGAUUAUUCAUCAUCAACACCAACAAUGAAUACAAUAGAUUUAUCAACAGUGAAUAAAUCUACUACUACUACUAAUAAUAAUAAUUAUAAUUUAUCUGAUGCUGAUCUUGCCGCUCUAUUCGUAUCAUCUAUUGUCUCAACAACACCAUCAACAACAACUAUAGAUAAUGAGAAUGAACUAUCAAAUAAUAAUAAUAAUAAUAAUACAUUAGAUGAUGUUUUUAUACAACAAGUUAAUGAUCUUGUUUGUUCAUCACAACAAAAAUCUAUUGGACCACCACCUGGUUUUGAAAAUUAUCGUUUUAAUAAAUCAUUAUCAUCGGAUAAUUCAAGAACAAUAUCAUCAAUUAGUAAUGCUGGUAUUCAACCACAAGUCUCUUGUUCAGAUACAAUCAAUUUUAGUCAGUUAUUACAAUCGACCAUAGUCGAUACUCAACAGCAACAACCAAUUGGCGGUAAUGUUCAUUCAUCAUCAUCAUCUCAUUCAUCAUUUACAUCCGAUGAACAAUCUAUGUUUUUUCCAAUGUCCAAUCCUCAUUACUCAUCAACAUCAUCAAGUCAGAUUUUCUCCACUAAUACACCUUCUUCAUCUACAACAACAGCAACAGCUAAUUUAAUUAAUUCAAAUGCUGAACCAUAUACACCCAAUAGUCUUUCAUUAAAAACUAAAAAUUUCUCAUCAAUUGAUACAAGUAAUACAAAAAGUCCUAUAUCAACAAAAUCAAUCGAUGCUGAUAUAAUACAGAAAUCUGGAGAUAAUACAUCAAGUCAUAUAUUUGCAUCACCAAAUUCAUUUUUUAGUAAUGGUCAGAAAGAUUUCGCUUCAACAAAAUCACUAACAACUAAAACAUCAUCAACAAAUCGUCAAUCAUCAUCAUCAACAUCAUCAUCAACAUCAUCGUCAAUUGAUGAAGCACUUAUUCAAUUAAGUCAGCAACAAAAACAACAAUCACAUAUACCAACAGUUAAUAAAUUAUUCUAUGAUGAAUCUUUAUCAAUAUUCAACUAUUCAUCACCACAAAAUACAACGACGACACAUAUUGAUAACCAACAACGUGCUGUACAUGAUAAUAUUAAUUUUCUUGCAUCAAUGGCAGCUGCAUCAACACCUGAACCAUCUUGGCAACAAACAACAAUUCCAUCAAAUAUUAAUUCAAAGCAUAAAAUGCAAUCACUAUUAGUUGAAAAACAACAAAGUAUAUUAACACAAUCACCAUCAAGAAAUCUUUCAACUAAUAUGCAUGAAUUAAUGGAAAAUUUAAAUGAACUAUGUUAUCGAGGUUUUGAUGAACUUAAUGCACUUAUACAAGAACAACGAUGGGUAGAAAAUUAUCUUAAUGUAAAUUCAUCAUCACUUCCAUCACCUAGUUCACCAUUAGUUAAUAUAAAUGGUACAAAUUGUUGUUCAUCACGUAUACUUGUUGUGCCUGAAUAUUUUAUAUUUAAAUGUAAAAAAAUUGAAAUUACUGCGAGUGAUAUUUAUCAAUUAUUAUCUAUUGGACGACCUGAAUUACGCUUACGAGAUUUAAUGUUUGCUUUUAAAUCAUGGAAAGAAUCAAUAACUAAUGCUGAACUUGUUCAUCAAGAAGAAGAAACACGAUUAAGAUUGAGUACUGAACAUCCUCAUUCAUAUUAUAUGAAUGAAACAGUUUUACAAGCAGCCUUUGAUCAUAUAUCCUAUGCAAUUCGUCAAUUAAGUAAUAUGACUCAACAAGCUCGUGCUGCUUUUCAAUAUGCUACAUUAAAUGUCUUUCAAAUGUCUUCAAGACAGCAACAACAACAAAGUCAAGGAUUAUCUAACACUUCCUUGUCAUCAAAUGUAAUUGCUUUUGCUCAAUUACAAGCGAUGCAACAACAAAAAUCAUCAUCAAUUCAUCGUACUAGUGGUUCUUUACGUACAACACCUUAA